AUGCUUUUUUUUCCAGAUAUCCAUAUUACACAAUACAAAUAUGUUCGUUUCAAGAAUCCAACUGAAAAGCUCAAUCCUAGUAAAAUUGAAGAGCUUUUAACUACAAUUCAAGGUACUAUUGAAAACUUUCAAACAGAGAUACCGAAACGAAAUGAACAUACAAUAUCAGAACAAUCUCAGAAAAAGCCUGAAUUAAUGAAAUCUACUAACUUCAAUGAUAGAAAAUCUAUUGAACAAUGGACAGCUAAGGAUAUUGCUAGCUGGUUUAGCAACCAUAAAGUGCCAGACAAUCUUAUUAAAUUAUACGAUUUCCAGUCUAUCACCGAAAUACGAGAAUAUGCCACAAAAUUACGUGCCGAUUCACAAAAAGAAUUCGUUAAAUAUCGAGAACAAUAUUCAAAAAGUUACAAUAGUCAAGAACUUGAAGAAUAUAUAUUUGGUCGAUUUAAAACUGCUGUUUUCAGUCUACCGACGGCAUCAUCAACAUCAACAAAGACUAAAAACUCUCAGUCAAGUACUUGCAUUAUUUUAUAA